UUACCUGUUCCACCAGAAGCGACGCGAGCGCGACUUUGCGAGCACAUGCCACGUUGGUAGAAGAGACUAAACUGGGCAGAAGUGCUUCCACACCGCCGAGCCACAGCAACGAGGCGCGCCAGGACAACUUCAUUUAAUCACCCUCUAUAGCUACAUAAGAAAAAAAAACUCAAGUUUUUAUUUUUUAUUAUUAUCAUUAUUAUUUUUUUUUUAAAUCAAACCUCUUGAGUCAUACAGAGCCGACUUGGGAUCUGUGAGAGCCGCCAGGAUGCACUUGUUGUCCGCCAGCUGCGCGCACGUCCUCCUGCUGGCCGCGCUCCUCCGCCAAGUCCGUGGUUUGGAUUCUGUUAUCGGCCUAUAUGGGGAAGCUGUCGAGAUCCCCUGCAACAUUGGAGCCAUUAAAGUGGAUGACAUUCUAAUGACUAAAUGGAAAUACGACAAAGGACAGGGACUUUCAGGGGAUCUUCUGGUCAAGCAAACGAAUCAGGACGUCGUAAUCACCGCCACAGAUGAAUACAAGGGUCGCGUGAACUUGACCUCCGACUUAAGCCUACGGCUCUCUGAAGCCAAACUCACCGACGAGCGAAUUUUCACCUGCAUGGUGGUGAAAAGCGGCAACAUAGCAGAAUACCCAGUUGAUCUGAUGGUCCACAAGUCGCCUGUAGGCCUGGAGAUAUCUGACAAAGCAGAGGAGCUGGAGAUUGGCAAACUCACCAAGUUGGGAACCUGUGUUGCGCGAGAUGCUAAUCCAGCUGCAAACAUCACAUGGUUAAAGAACAGUAAACCUCUGGUGGCUGAUGGAAAAGAGGUUGUCAUCGAAGAGUCCGUGCAGGGAGACUCAGAUUCUGGCCUGUCAACCACAACAUCCACACUCAAGUACACCGCCAAGAAGGAGGACACAGAAGCCCAGUUCACCUGCAUCGCUGAGCAUCCUGUGGUUGAAAAGCUGGUGGCCCCCCCAGUAACCAUGAGCGUCACUUACUCCACAGAGAACAUCAUCCUCCAGGUCAUCCCUCAGGACGCUCUGGUAGAAGGAGACAACCUCACUCUGAAGUGUGUAGCAGAUGGAAACCCAGCUCCAACCAGCUUUAUCUUUUACCUAAAGGGACAGUUGGAGAAAGUGGAAAACGCGGACACUUUCAGCAUCAUCAACGUCUCACGCGACACCGCCGGGGAAUACAAAUGCGCUCUAAUGAACGACCCCACAAUGGAGGCGUCUAAAAAUGUCACUGUCAAUUACCUAGACGUCAAUUUAAUCCCCUCUGGGAGCAUCGUCAAGCACGCCGGCGAUGCCUUGGAUCUAGCUCUCGAGAUUGUUUCUUCUUCGAAACACAAGGUCUCCUGGACAAAGGAUGGCGUUAAACUCAACAAAGAGCCCAAGUUUAUCAAGCUGGCUUUCUCAGACGCCGGUAACUAUCAGUGCGAGGUGACGACGGGGGCGCUCAGCCGAAGAGCUGCUUUUGAGCUGGUUGUCGAAGGUGCUCCGGUUAUCAGGCAGCUGUCCAAACAUCGCAGCGAGGACGGCCAACAUAAAGUCUUAAUUUGCGAGGCUGAAGGUUCCCCAAAGCCAGCUGUUUCCUGGAGCAUCAAUGGCACUUCGCUCAAUGAAGGCUCCUUCGUCAACGGAAAGAUAACCCACAAGAUCACAGUUGUGCCGUCUGCAAACCUUACAGUGUUCUGUACGGUGUCCAACGAGUUUGGCAUCGAUACCAAAGCUAUAAAUGUGUCUUCUCUAUUUGAGGAGGUGAGAAUGGAUAAAAAAGACCAGUCGGAGGACGGUGACCAAACUAAACUAGUCGUGGGAGUUGUGGUCGGCCUCCUCGUGGCCGCUCUGGUCAUAGCCCUGGCAUACUGGGUUUACAUGAAGAAAUCCAAGCAAGGAAGCUGGAAGACUGGUGAGAAGGAGAAUGGAUCUUCUGAAGAGGAGAAAAAACUGGAGGAGAAAGUGGAGGAGAACAGCCAGAAAGCUGAGGUGUAAAGAAAGGCAGCCGUUCUUGAACUGGGGAAGUGAAAGUGAGAACAUAGAACUUUUGCACAUUUCUCUUCACCUCUGUCUUGGGGAAAUAAAAGAGUGUACAUUGGGAUGAAGACAGUUUGGAUUUGGUUUCAGGGAGACUUACAAAAAGCAUAUCCAGACAUCCCCUGCGCCCAUCAACCCCUAACCCCUCCAUUAUGAAAAAAAAGAGGAAUGGAUACUGUAUGUUAUAUACAUAACUUGUCUGCACUACUGAUUCAUGUGUAAACUUGUCUACUAUUAGAAUUCAUGUUUGUUAAAAUGGAAACUGGGAAAGUGAGAAAAAAUUCAGAUUUUUUUGUUCUGUAGUUGAUGCAAGUAAAGUUACUACUAGACCAGUUGCCUUUGCUGUAAGGAUGUGUAGGUAUGCAUUAGUCUGUGUUUGACUCCUGAAAACAAAGCAGAGACUAAAGGGACAUUGCCACCAUUGCUUUUUAGUUAGAUGCCACCGCAGUCAAAGCACCUCUGCCUUCAACAUCAGUACACAGUAGUAGUUUAUUUGUGCUUUCUUUUGUUUUUUUCAGUUUGUCGAGUUGGCGGAAAACAUUUUGAGAUUGAGGUGAAAUUCCUGAAAGGGCUUAGGGUAUAUCGGUAUACUCAGCAUUAGUUGUAGAUGGUGAUCUGAUUUUCAUGUCACAUUGCUGUAAGUAAGUGAUGUGUCACAAAGUUCUUUGGUGUUAAUAUUUUUUAUUUCUUUGAUUGUGUGUAACCAGGAGGAGAAAUGACAAUUCAUUUUGCCUGUCUUUGCCUCAGAGUACUGUACAUUUGACAUGAGCACCCUGCAACCCGAGCAGGUGGCUUUCCGGGAGAAUGUACAGCACUGUUCAAGUUGUCUUCUUGGCUGUAUUUUGGCUGCACAUGUUGUUUUACAUUAAGCUCACUGUCACACCUCUCCCAUGAAAUUGUCCUUGAGCCUGCAUUUACGAAAGAAUAGCUCAUCUGUCAAGAAUGUGAGUCAGAAAUGAUCAGAUUGUGCUCCGUCAGUGUUGAGGAACGAUUGUUAAUCCGUGGGAUCAUUUUGUAAUCAAGGACACAACGUGGAAAAGGAUUAGUGUCUCAAAGUAGCCUUCAUGAUAUGUUUGCCUUCUUUUGAAAAUCUACCUGCAACUGCUUCAGUUUGUUUAGUGCACUAGGGUUCAUGUUUCACGUCACAAUUGUGUAGAAUACGAUGGAAUAUGUGCUGCUGUACAUGUCACAAUUUUGGUCCAUUAAGAGCAUUUGCGAAAUUUAAAAAUGUAUCAAGAUCGGGAUGUAGUUGUGAAGUUUGUGAAUUUAAUUUUCUUUUUGCUAUUUAUAUUGUACUAGAUUAAAUAUCCUGGUAGGCAAAUCUAAUAAUGGUCUCAUUACUGAUAUUUUGGAUUGAAAACUAUUGAUAAAUUGCUUGCAGACCUUACAAAUAUGUAAUUAAGUUCAGCCAUCAGUAGUUUGCUCAGUGUCCGGUUGAAUAAUAUAUCCAGCAUGUUAUAAUGUCACAUCUCCAAGCAGCUUUCGUUUGUUGCCUACCUUGUGAAAAACCAUCAAAUUGGAAUAAUGACCAAAGAAAGUGAACAUUGCCAUGCAAGUAUUGUAAAUAUCGGAUGUUUGUUUUUGUACUUUUGUUUAAAAUAAAGUGUACAUUUGGAAAA